CACUCCUCCAAAAAUAAAAUUAAAAACAAAAUUGUUAAAAGAAAGGCGAAAACACAACAUACUCGGCUUGGCGGCAAAUCAUCACUACUAGUCUGAGUCUGAGAGAGAGAGAAAGGAAGAAACUUUGAGAGUGAUUGAAUUUGGGUUUGACGCCAUGAAAAUAGCUGUCGAAGGUUGUAUGCAUGGUGACCUCGACAAUGUUUACAAAACCCUCCAAUAUCUCGAAACACUUAACAACAUCAAAAUCGAUCUCCUCAUCUGUUGCGGCGAUUUUCAGUCUGUGAGGAAUGAGAAUGAUUUGGAGAGCUUAAAUGUUCCUCCCAAAUACCGCUCCAUGAACUCCUUUUGGAAGUACUAUUCGGGUCAGGAAAUUGCUCCUUAUCCCACCAUUUUUAUUGGUGGCAAUCACGAAGCUUCCAAUUACUUGUGGGAAUUGUACUAUGGAGGAUGGGCUGCACCUAACAUAUACUUUUUGGGAUUUUCUGGAGUGGUCAAGUUUGGAAAUGUUCGCAUUGGUGGACUCUCUGGAAUAUAUAAUAAUCGAAAUUAUUAUUCAGGGCAUUUUGAGCGGCCUCCAUAUAAUGAGAGCACCAUUAGAUCGAUAUAUCAUGUGCGUGAAUACGACGUCCACAAACUUAUGCAAGUUCAGGAACCUAUAGACAUAUUUCUUUCACAUGAUUGGCCUCUUGGCAUCACUGACUGUGGAGACUGGAAGCAACUUGUUCGGUUCAAGCCAUAUUUUGAGAAGGAGAUUCAGGAAAGAACACUUGGAAGUAAACCUGCUGCCGAACUGCUGGAGAAAUUAAAACCCCCUUAUUGGUUUUCAGCACAUUUGCAUUGCAAGUUUGCUGCUCGUGUUCGACAUGGGGAAGGUGGUCCAGUGACAAACUUUCUUGCUCUCGACAAGUGCCUUCCAGGGCGUAAAUUUUUACAGAUCAUUGAAAUCGAAUCAGAAGCAGGACCUCAUGAAAUUCAGUACGAUGAAGAAUGGUUAGCCAUAACUCGGAGAUUCAACUCUAUAUUCCCACAGACCAGGCAAAGAAUGAAUGUUAGGAAUUUACAUCUUCACAUGGAAGAAUGUCGACAAUGGGUGAAGACCAGGCUACUGGAAAGAGGAGCCAAACCUUUUGAAUUCGCAAGGACAGUUCCCUGUUACGAUCCUUCGAGAACUGUCUCCAGUAGCUCACCUCGUGGUUAUACUCGAAAUCCUCAAACAGAAUCUUUCUUGCAGUUUCUAGAUCUUCCCUACCUUCUUGAUAACAUGUCAGAAUCCUUGGAAGUGUCAAAGACACCAGAUUCACUGAUUCAUAGAGGUUCCGUUGAUGAUAACAACGAAAACAUCCCCAUUGAUGAUGUCGACGAGGAUGAGGACGAGUUGGAAGAAGAUGGAAAAUGAAGCUUCAAUAGUAAAAUCUCCCACUUUAAACCAAAAGUCCUAUCUUAUUAUUACUAUCUUAUUCUCUUCUUCUUUUGUAUUAUUAUAUCUCCUUCUCCUUGUUGUGGGGACCUCUCUUUUGGGUUCUACUCAGCUUCAUGUCCUUCUGCUGAGUUUAUGAUCAGAAACACUGUCAGAACAGCCUCUUCAAGAGACCCAACUGUCCCCGGAAAACUCCUUCGUUUGCUCUUUCAUGACUGCUUUGUUGAGGGCUGUGAUGCAUCGGUGUUGCUACAAGGAAACGGGACAGAGCGAAGCGAUCCAGCAAACACAUCUCUAGACGGGUUUUCAGUGAUAGAUUCGGCUAAAAAAGUACUUGAAUUUUUUUGUCCAGAGACUGUUUCUUGUGCUGACAUUUUGGCUUUAGCUGCAAGAGAUGCUGUUGAAUUUACUGGUGGACCAGUUGUUGAGAUUCCAACAGGUAGGAGAGAUGGGAAGGUUUCUUCAGCUUCAAAUGUUCGACCUAACAUCAUUGAUACAAGCUUUACAAUGGAUGAAAUGACUAAGCUGUUCAUCUCAAAAGGGUUGUCUUUGGAUGACCUUGUCACUCUUUCAGGAGCUCACACGAUAGGACGAGCUCAUUGUGGCGCAUUUAGUGACCGGUUUCAAGAAGAUCCCAAAGGGAAACUUACCCUCAUCGAUGCAUCACUCGACAGUGCAUACGCAAAUGAGCUCAUGAAGAAAUGCCCGGCUAAUGCACAACCUUCUACGACGGUCAACAACGAUCCAGAAACCUCAUUUGUGUUCGACAAUCAAUAUUAUAAAAAUCUUUUGAAAAAGAAAGGUCUAUUCCAAUCAGAUUCUGUGUUGUUUGGUGAUACCAGAACGAGUAAAAGAGUUGAGAGUUUUGCGAAAAACCAAUUUAGUUUCUUUGAGAGUUGGAGUCAAUCGUUUUUGAAGUUAACUACUAUUGGUGUUAAAACAAAUGAGGUAGGGGAAAUUAGAGCCUUAUGUUCAUCUACUAAUGAUGGUUGAAAAUAGUAAUGAAUAAAAAAAAUCUUUAGUACUAAAUGCUAAUAAAUAAUUAAGCUUAAAAGAGUUGCUUUGAUCAUUAA